AUGACUAACCAAAAAACAAAUAGUCCAGCCCGUCGACAGCGCAGAUACACUGUAUCACGUUUGCUUGAACUGGCGCCUCAAUCCAGGCCAGCUCAUUUUGAUCUUUCCAAAUUCACAUACGACGCAGCUCGGGCUGGAGUCGUCCCUCCACUAGGCGCCUGCGUGAUGUCCACCCGACGGGCUUCGAGUGACCGGCCUCGUGGCUGGUCCCAGGAGUCUAGCAGCUCUCAGGAAGAGGUCAUCAUCUAUCGAGGUAAUCGCAUGGUCAACGCACCCGAGCGACAGCCCACCGUCCCACCUUCUGAAAGCCGUGCGCAGCAAGACGAAGGCUUUGCUCGAUUUCUCAAGAAACAUUCUUCUCCUACCCACCAACGAGUCACUGCUGGAGGCCGGAUCGUCCCGAUGGAACAGCGUUCACGUCCCCCUGUCUUCUCCCUAGCGCAAGCCAACCAAGGCACAGAAGCAGAUCGCAAGAACAACACACCUGAUGAAGUUAGUGAGGUCGACAAGCCGAGUGCUACUGCUCAGACCCAGGCGAAAGAAGCUGUAACGGACAACAACAUCCCUCAACCCCAGCUACAGCCACACUCUUAUGUGCCCGGCCACGGAGGAGUUGCGGAUGCUUGCGAGACCACAACAGCCGCCGACUUCAAUAUUCUGCCUCCAAACAAUGUCUUUGCUUAUGACGGUGCUCCCCACCAGCCAAAUUAUCUGCAAGCUGUGACAUCAGCGCCUUACUAUGCAGCGGUUCCAGGAGAUGGGUACUUUGUGCAGAAUCCUCAAAUGUACCCGGGCGGUGCAGUGCCCCUGGCUGGCUUCAGCAAUCCAUUCGGCUUAGCCUUUCCAAUGCCUUAUGUCCCCAGCUCCCAGAUACUAGGGCUCCCACCUUCGUGUGGUAUCACCACCACUCCUACCGACCCUCAACCUCGAGAAGACGCACAUGCUCGAGAAAUGCUUUCUGAAAGCACUGCAAACUUUGAGGAGUUUGACCGGCAACUCAAAGCCAUUGACCGUCACCGCGCUAUGACGGAGCACGAUCCACACGUUACCGAUCACCGCCUUGCAAUUGUCCAGUUGCGGGCAGAAGCCAAACGCCUGAUGACCUACUGGUCACAGAAGCUGGGGCUUGACCCGAAAGGGCUUGCGAAAACCUCCACUUAUCAGCCAAGCAGCACUCUCAAUGUGAGAGCUGCUACAUACGUUCCGCUGACGACUCAUCCUUCUCCCGAGACAUUAGCCAAUAGCAUGGGCACUGGAUCGGGACCCCAGACCAUGCAGUUCGAGGUUGAGAGGCCCAAGUUUGAUGUAAGGAGUACUCGUCGUCCCAUUCCAAUUGUGCCACCUCCCAAGGAAUCACCAAGUCCAAAGAAGGAUGCCGACGGUGGAGCUGGAUCAAAAAAUGAGUCAAUCGAGGUCGAUGAAUGGGGCCUCCGUAUCGGUUCACCACCACCUGAGAUCCGACGCCAACAGAGUCAGAUGUUGGAAAGACUCGCCCGCGAAUCCAGCAUUUCUCCAUUGGGCUCCAGUGAGAAUGCGCUCAUUGUUACUCCAGGACCAAGCUCCCAGUCAAUCAGUCCUCAGGAAAAUCCACGUGGAAUGCAAGAGGCCCAUGAGAUGCAUGAAAUCUGCUCAGAGAGUGAGGAGUGGCUGCCAACAAAACCCGGUCGUGCUCCGCCGACCGUGGAACAUUGCUAUGAGCUCCAACUCGACGCCAUGCGACUUCCUUCGGGGGUCACCAGCAAGGUGCGAAUGCCUGAUGGUACUAUUACCGAGGUUCGGGGCCGUGGCUUACAGCGUCCACCAUCAUUCGAGAUGGACGAUUUCGAAAAGCGCUACUGGACAAAGAAGCCCACCGUGACGAAGGAGAUGUGGAAAUUCGUGGAAGGACGACCUUGUGGGGAUGUUUCCAGCAUCGUUGACACCCUUGAGUUCAAGGCUCUUGAAUUUGAAAGCAACGAAAGUCAAACGAAAGAGAACACCAGAGGCGAAUUCUUGAGCCACAGCCCUCAAGCGUCAAAUGGGAACAGCACCGAUCAUCAGUGUAUGGCAAAGGAUGCAAACAGCACCCAGAACUUCCUUCCUGGAUUUGUUCGCAAAGGGUACAGAUCAACGGUUGAGCCAUCCACUGGUUCGGAACCAAGCCUGCCUAUCCUUAAGCAAUCUUCGGCAUCUUCACCAUCGAUUUGGUUGCGAGGAGAAGACAGAAGCGGGUGGGUCUCGACCGAGCAUUUGAGAAACGGCCGAGUGACAGGAUCUGAGGCUCUGAACAACAAAGGCUUUUCGUCCGUCUCUAUCCAAAAUGUUCACGCUAUGGGCCGCCUUCCACACUCGUUGGACGGCGCCAACGAUGGCCACAAACUCUCGGCGAAGUCGCUGCUCUCCGCGGCUAGCAAAACCGCCACUCCAUAUCUGACACCAGGUGCGAUCCCAACUUCGGAGGGGUUUUAUGAGUCCUACCCUCGAGGGGCUCGUGGCAUCGCCAUGGAGAGCGAAGAUGGGUUUCUGGGCCGAAUGGCUAAAAAGGAGGAAAUGUGA